UUUAGCAAGUGGGCCUCAAUUUUUCCUUUCCCUCAUAUAAUAACAAAAAUCUUCACAAAGAAACUAUCUUACACAUCACGCAAAUUAGUCUUCGCAACAACCCCAUCUCGAAAAUGGGAAAUUUAUUUUGUUUGUAUCAAGUUGAUCAAUCAACUGUUGCUAUUAGGGAAACUUUUGGGAAAUUUGAUGAAGUUCUUGAGCCUGGUUGUCACUGUGUGCCAUGGAUUUUUGGAAGCCAAAUUGCUGGUCAAUUGACACUUAGGCUUCAACAGUUGGAUGUCAAGUGUGAGACCAAAACUAAGGACAAUGUGUUUGUGAAUGUUGUAGCUUCAAUACAAUAUCGUGCUCUGUCUGAUAAAGCAAGUGAGGCGUUCUAUAAACUCAGUAACACAAGGUCCCAGAUCCAGGCUUAUGUUUUUGAUGUUAUAAGGGCCAGUGUUCCAAAGAUGAAUCUUGAUGAUGCUUUUGAGCAGAAGAAUGAAAUUGCCAAGGCUGUUGAAGAGGAACUUGAAAAGGCGAUGUCUGCAUAUGGUUUUGAGAUUGUUCAAACUUUGAUUGUCGAUAUUGAACCAGAUGAGCAUGUGAAGAGAGCAAUGAAUGAGAUUAAUGCAGCUGCAAGGAUGAGGUUGGCAGCUACUGAGAAAGCUGAGGCUGAGAAAAUUCUCCAAAUCAAGAGAGCUGAGGGUGAGGCUGAAUCCAAGUACCUUUCUGGUUUGGGUAUUGCACGUCAGCGUCAAGCCAUUGUGGAUGGUUUGAGAGACAGUGUGUUGGGGUUCUCUAUCAAUGUUCCUGGAACCACAGCUAAAGAUGUGAUGGACAUGGUUCUUGUGACUCAGUAUUUUGACACCAUGAAGGAAAUUGGUGCUUCAUCAAAAUCCUCUGCGGUGUUCAUCCCUCAUGGACCUGGUGCUGUUCGUGAUGUGGCUACUCAGAUACGUGAUGGGCUUCUUCAGGGGAAUGCCGCCAGCUGAUUGUCGACUUCAUAUUGCAAUAUACUUUUAAGUCUGGAGUGAAAUGCAUCAUAAGAGUACAGUUUUAUGUUUUUCUUAACUGUGUUUACAUCGUUCAACUUUGUGAGAUUGUGUAUGAAUUGUCUAUAUGCUAUGUUAAGGUUUACAAUUGCAUUUUGAAAA